CUUUUCGAUUUUAGUCCAGCGAGAGACCACCUGAACGAUCGGUAGCACGGUAGGUGGUCUACAGGUCACGGCAGGAGGCUGCGAAAGGUCCCCGACUUACGGGCGCGAGAUCGGCGAACACCCGGGAAAGCAUUUGAGGAACGCUUUCUAAGUCGUAGUGUUUUCAAGAGAUUUUACGUUUCGGCGACGUUUUUUGUGCGUGACAAGUAGAUCUGCGUCAGAAUGCCCAAGUUAUCAGUGCGAGUGAGAGAGAAACUGAAGAAUAGCGAAGAAACUUAAAGAGAAACUUGAGAGGAAUCUUGCAUCACCGCAGCGCUACGUUUUUUUUUUUUUUUUUUUUUUUUAUAAAAACGAUAAUCGUGGCAGGCGAUAAUCCGGACAUUCGUAAAUCCGCGAGUAAUUUAGACGUUAAUGUAAUUGCAAAGUGAAAUUAGAGGGAACUUUUUCUAAACUGUUUGAGACUUGUAUGAAUUUUCUUAUUGAUCUCUAAAAUUUCAGAUAAUUUAGAAAAAUGCUAUAAUAAAUCAAUCGAAGGAAGGGUGAUUGAAAUGUUCGUGCAAUUGCAAAAUGCAGUCCUGUGAAUCGCAGGAUGGCGUCCUAAAGAUGCUUCGGUAAUAAAUAAAAUCUGCAUGAUGGAAAAAACAGCCGAAUGCAAUCGUAAUAUUUUAAGUCGGAAGUCUUCGUUGAGCGAAACCAUUCACGAUUGCGAAAGUAAAACAUAACUCAGAGUGUAUGUCAUUUUUAUUCAAUAAGUGAACAAGUACGUUUAAUUACAGAAGAAUUCACGCAAUUGCAAUAUUUCCCGAUGAGAAAUCUUCGAAAAUCCCGUGCGAAAAUUUUUUGCCACGGAACGAUCGGUGAAACUGCGCGUUAAAUCUAAUAAAACGGACAGUGCAACAAAUUAGCAACAACGAGAGACAGCGGCGUCGGAGAAGAUUCUAAAAAUUAAUUUAACUAGUUAGUUACUAAUUCUCUCAAUGUAACUAACGCGUCCCAAUUUUUAUCACGGGUUGCCUACGGUUGCAGAAAAGCGAAUUAAAAAUCUGCGUGAAAUAUAAAAGGAUCCUACAAUUAAAGAAGAAUAAAAAGAAUACAAAGACACGUAAUGAUGAGAAGAUAUAAAAUGGCCUGUAUAAAAAUUAACAAAUGUAAAGUCGCUAAAAUGAGUAAAUAUUAAAUGUCGCAUUAACAAAAUUGUAUAUUUAAUUCACUACCAAAAAAAAAAAUUUUUUUUUAAACGACGUUUCAUAAAUGAGAAAUUUUAUCAUCUAUUCCGAUAAGCAUGUAUCGCAAACAUAAGAGAUCAUCGGAGUGAAGUCUCUUCAUCGUAAUGUCGUAAGUGGCGUCGUCGGACGCGAACCGAGGCAUCUCGAGGUCUCGCCGAGAGUUAACAAGUGUUUGGACAAAUCUGGACACGUGUGGGCGUUGAGCGGUUCGCCCAAGACACGUGUCGAUUGUAUUUAGUAAUAUUAUCCUGCACGUGCCGGGCAGGCACGUGUCGAUCGUAUCUCUCGAUCCUCGAGACGUGUUCGAGGGCGCAUAGGUGCGAUCAGAAAUUCCGGCGAACGAUGCGACCGACGCGAGGAUUAGGGAUCCGGUUGCCAGGAUCGUCCGGUAAUUGAAUGAUUACAUGAACCGGAACGUUUAAAGCGAGGCACUACCAUAAAUGGCGUGAGACACACGGCAGUCCCGUCGUUCCAUGUCUAGUCACCCAAUCUAGUCGUACGCUUCGUUAAUUAGUCUUAUCGAGACUCGGAUUAAGGAGAAAGGAUUAUCGCAAUUAACUUUCGGAUCUCUAAAACAAGAGAUCUGUAAUCUUCAAAUUUGAGUGAUCGAGCGAACGGAACACUGGACGUCAUCAUGUAUUCGAUGGACAAUCUCGAGCGGGACAUGAUGAACCGGCAGUACAUGUACGAGGCUCACACCUUCUUAGGAAAUCCGGCGAUCCCGGCAUUACCGCCGCACUGCGGAGUACCGACCACGGCGACGCUCCCGGCGGUGAUCCCGUCGCAGAUCCCGUCGUCGCAUCAUCCGUCUGGUAGCACCGGUAGCACCAGCGGCAGCGAGCACUAUCUCUACGACGAAAACAGCAGUGACAACGAGAGCGUCUACAGCAGCGAUCAGGAAAAUCACGCGAGAGAACGAAGUCGGAGCAAUCGGCGCGGCGGGCCAUCGGGAAAAUGUCCGAGGCAGGUGCAGGUACAGCAGCGGCAAGCGGCAAACAUGAGAGAACGAAGGCGUAUGCAAAAUAUAAACGACGCCUUUGAGGGCCUGAGGGCCCACAUCCCGACCUUGCCGUACGAGAAAAGGCUGUCGAAGGUCGACACGCUCAAGCUGGCGAUCGGUUACAUAAACUUCCUCAACGAGCUCGUCAGGGCGGACAAGGGUAACGACCCCUUGACGGGCAAUAGCGGUCUCUCGAGAUGCUCCAGCCGGGACGAAUCCAAGAAGGUCAUAGUCCGUGGCAGCGGUGGGAAUCCGUUCAUCUCGCACUCGCUGUCGUGGUCGAGAAAGUCGGAUAUCUCGCCGAACGGCACGAUGUACGCGAAAGUCUGGACGCCAGAAGAUCCGUCGAAAAACGGAACGACGCGGUUCGAAUAGACGGCGAAUUUUUGACAUCACUUUACGAAGAUGGGGAGGAUCAAACGGUCGCGAAAACGUUUCUCAUCUAGAAUGUUAUUUAGUGUAUAAGGGAAAGCGUUUCUAGUCACUGAUCCUCGUUAUGAGAUUUGUACCUUACGAUCAUCGAAGUGUCUCCGAUUUUUCGGGCAACAGGGAUGGUCAUCGAUAUUUAUACAACUCUCGCGGCUUCGUUUAAAAGGCGUUAAAGCAAAUCGAAGUAGCCAUUCCAAGAUAUACACAUUACAAAAAUUUGAGGGAAUUUUUUGCUGAAAAAUUAAUACGUAACUUUAAAAAACAAAAACAAUUACAUCUUGUUUAUGAUUUAUUUUUCUAAAAAAUAGUGUAAAUCAAUGUUGGGCAUUAAUCAAUUAAUUUACUUGAUAAC